UAUCAAUGAUACAAAAGAGAAAACAAAAGAAGAAAGAACAGAACAUUUGCAACUUCAAGAUGAAUUGGUUGAACAUUGAAAUGGUCAAAUUGAGUGCAUAUUUAGUGUCUAACAAGACAACACUGAAAUUUGAUUUGGAUAACAACGACCCACAGAAAGUCGACAGUGAAACACGAGAUUUGAUAUGUAUUAAAAAUGUGUCUAAAAGUAACUUGAAAGUUCAAUUCAGUGUGUUUGAAGAAUGUGACUACUUUGAAAUACGAUGUGCACCACCACUUAUGACACUGAAGCCUGGAUAUGCUUGCGAGUUUGAGAUAUUUAUCAAGCCGUUGUGUUCUUGUGUCACAAAAGAAAGUGUGGCGAUCACUUCAUUAAAUAUAGCAACUAGUGUCAUUGAAAACGCCAAAGUUGAAAUAGAAAUCGAGACGGAACAAACAACUAAAUUGAAUUACAGAAAAAUUAUCAAAGAUGAGAAGCUUGGUGAAGGCAGUUUUGGAAUUGUCAACAAAGGAAGUUAUAGAGGCGUCUGUGUCGCAAUCAAAAAGAUGAAAUAA